CAGAAGAAGCACUGUCUCAAACAGGUCCCUCAGAGAGACCUUGAUCCUCUCAUCACUUCCUGAAGAAAAGAUCUGAGCAUUCCUGAUCUUCAAAGUUGACUUGCCUCAGCAUGGCUGCCCAUGAAAACAAUGAAGUGCGGAUCAUUUUGGUAGGGAAAACUGGGCACGGAAAGAGUGCCACAGCAAACACCAUCCUUGGGAGACACCAAUUUGAUUCUAAGAUUUCUGCCCAUGCUGUUACCAAGACCUGCCAAAAAGCAUCCCGGGAAUGGAAGGGGAAAAACCUUGUUGUAGUCGAUACUCCUGGGCUCUUUGACACCAAGGAGACCAUGAAAACCACAUGUUCAGAAAUCAGCCGCUGUGUCCUCUAUUCCUGUCCUGGGCCUCAUGCCAUCAUCCUGGUUAUGCAGCUGAACCGCUUCACGGAGGAAGAGCAGAAAACUGUUGAUCUGAUCAAGGGUCUUUUUGGGAAGGCAGCCAUGAAAUACAUGAUUGUCUUGUUCACUCGCAAAGAUGACCUUGAGGGCAGGAGCCUUGAUGACUUUUUAGGUCAAUCAGAUGGCAAGCUAAAUAAUACCAUCUUGGAGUGUGGGAAACGCUACCUGGCCUUUAAUAACAAAGCAGGAAAAGUUGAGCAAGAAGAUCAAGUACAGCAGUUGAUACAACUGAUAGAGAAAAUGGUGGACAGAAACGGGGGAUCUUACUUUUCUGAAAAGAUAUAUGAGGACACAGAUAGAAGGCUGAAACAGUGUCUAAGGAAUCUGGAGGAAACUUACACUCAACAACUCAGUGUUGAAAUCACAAAAAUAGAAAAUGAAUAUGCUAACAAAUCAGAGAAAGAAAAGAAGACACGCAUUGAUUCUGCAAAGAGAAAUUAUGAUGAGAAAAUGAGAAAUCUGAAGGAAGAGGCUGAAGAGAAUAUAUUUGAAUAUAUUUUCAAAAAGAUAAGUGAAAUGCUUUCAAAACUUUGGAAUAAGUUGAGAUUGUGAUGUAAAUGUCAUUCUUCUUUUAUUGAUGAUGUUUGUCCUUUGAUAAUUUCAUACAUACAUCAUAUAAUGUGGGUUCCUUGCAUUCAUGUCUUUUUGUUUUUGUAUAUUUUUGCUUUGUCUGGGUUUAACUAGGUUCCUUUGUGUGACAACAGUUUUAGAGCAAUCUGUCAGAGAAUUAUGGACUCACCAGGAAGAACACAAUGGAAGACAAUGACUCUUCCUCUCCCAGAAUUCAUCAGCAGUUAUUAGCUCAGCAGGGUGGAGUAGGUUCCCAUGAGCUCCUGCUCCAUCCAGGCCCAUAUCUGUUGUGAGCUGGUGAUUGCAAUGAUUGUUUUCUGAGCGCACAUGCACACACACACACACACACACACACACACACACACACACACACACAAUUAAAAGAAUUAAAAAGGACAAGUCGUUAGGAAAGCUGUCUGGAAGUGCUGUAGUGGGCCUCAGAGGAGUUCCCCUACAGGUGACAGAGCAAACACAGAUGACUAUGUGGAAUGAAUCCUAAGUGCUGGGAUGUACAAGCCUUUUGUGAGAUGUUCUAAUCUUCAGCAAAAAGAAAAACUUUCCCACCAUCUUCCUGGGAGAAGAAAAAGUACAGUUCUCUGAAUUAGGGCGAGGGAGGGGACUAUAGGGUCCUUUAUGUUUCAGCCUCCAUCACUACCGACACCAGCCUUUCUGGACUUGUGUAGGAAGUCCGUGCUCUGUCCAAUGUACCCUCACCUUCCCCUGUCUCCCAGGUAUUUGGUCAAGUAUCUCAUCACUGCUGGUACUUUUACUUUUAUACCCCGAUAGCCCUGUGACCCCUUUAGUAGGUGUGUUGGAUGUGAGGCCGGCCUGUGGUAUAUAAUAGGUGCUAGACCACAGUGUUAUGGUGUAAUUGGCUUUCCAUAAGUCAACUUAACUUGACUUCAAAAUCGCUUAUGUGUUGUUAAAUGGAAAUAAAACACAACAAAACAAAAUGCACAAAAUACUUUCACAUAGUUACACGGACCCAUUCAUGGCCAUUCCUGCAUUCUCAAUGAUAUUUUAAAUAAAUACUGGUUCGACAUAGCUAAUAAUAAAGAUUAUUUUGAUUUUUU